CAUGGCUGUAGCGGCGCAGGUGCAGCAAGCCAAGAGCUCCAUGGCCACUCCUCCCGCGUCUCCGACGACGACGAUGCCGGCGGCGCGGAAGCCGCUGCACCUGCUCCUCCUCUCCCUCUCGCUCCCCGUCCUCCUCCUCCUGCUCUCCCUCGUCUUCCUCCUCUCGCACACCACCUUUAGCCUCCUCAUCUGCCCUCUCCUGCCGCAGCCGCCUUCACGGCGCAAUGCGACGAGCACCAGUAGUAGUAGUAGUGGUGACAGCCUCGGUGUCUCCAUGUACAAGACCUUGCAAGCGUUCCAUGACUCGACGCCCCCGUCAAGGAGCAAUGUGACGACCACCAGUAGUAGUAGCGCCAGCCUUGGUCUCUCCAUGGACAAGACCGUGCAAGCCUUCCACCAUGACUUGGGGGCGGCGCCACCGCCACCGCCGCCGUUGCCGGCUGCUCCUGCUUCUGCUGUUAAGACCACCAGCAGCAGCAAGAAGGCGUCCGCGAAGAGGAACAAGAGCCUCCUCAAACUCCUGCUCAGGAGCACGCCGCAGACGCGGCGGUUCGCGGCGCGCGCGGGCGAGCUCUUCGCGUCCCCUUGCACGGACCGCUUCUUCAUGACGUGGCUCUCCCCGCUGGUGCAGUUCGGCCGCCGCGAGCUCCUCGUCCUCGAGAGCCUCUUCCGCUGGCACCGCGGCGCCUGCCUCCUGGUCGCCUCCGACACCAUGGACUCCGCGGGCGGCAGGGACAGGCUGAGGCCGUUCCUCGAGCGCGGCCUCCGCGUCGCCGCCGCCUCGCCGGACUUCGCCUACCUCCUGCGCGGCACCCCCGCCGAGGCGUGGCUCGCCGCGGUGCAGCGCGGCGGCGUCAGCCCCGGGAGCGUCCCGCUCGGGCAGAACCUCUCCAACCUCCUCCGCCUCGCGCUGCUCUACCGGUACGGCGGCACCUACCUCGACGCCGACGUCGUCGUCCUCAGGCACUUCUCCGGCCUCCGCAACGCCAUCGGAGCGCAGGCCGUCGACGAGGCCACGGGCGGCUGGAGGCGACUGAACAACGCCGUGAUGGUGUUCGACAGGGCGCACCCACUGCUGCACGAGUUCAUCGCCGAGUUCGCCGCCGCGUUCGACGGGAGCAAGUGGGGGCACAACGGGCCAUACCUGGUGUCCCGGGUGGCGGCGAGGCUGCGCCACCGGAGCCCCGGGCUCAACCUGACGGUGCUGCCGCCGCGGGCAUUCUACCCCGUGCACUGGAGCAAGAUCGGCGGUCUGUUCGUUGCGCCCAAGGAUAGGAGAGGCGAGAGGUGGGUGAAGGCCAAGGUGGAGAACAUCAAAGGCGAGAGCUUCGGCAUCCACCUAUGGAACAGGGAGAGCAGGGGGCUCGAAGUGGAAGAGGGGAGUGUCAUUGGCAGGUUGAUUUCAGACAGCUGCCUGUUCUGCAAUUCUUCCAUGCUUGUAAAGCAAGAAUGGCAAUAGCUGCGGGAGAUCCUGCACAUUUUCAGCUGCAUGCAGAUAGAUGAGUUGAGAGGUUGGUAUUUUGUGAGAUGAUGUACAUCUUACUUGCAGACAGUGAAUACUAUAUAGUACAGAGGUUUUGAACUUGUAAGUAUGAGGAAACUAUCCUAAUUGACAAGAAGUUUCAGAGAAAUGCCGUCUAGUUUA